AUGAACUCAAUUCCAGAUGCAGUGGACUCCAACCUUGUCCACGCCCUCUCGUACCAACCGGGAGUGUUCCGAGCCGGUCAGGUCAACGACCAGCGCUCGCAACCACAACAGAACGAGGAUCCCAAGCUGUCCGGGCAGGUGAAUCCGGGGCCCGGAAUGCAUGGUAAUGCUGGAUCAUCAAAUUCGCAGGCGGGGGGGGCUUCUGGUCCAGGAAAUGGGUCCGGAACCCCAGAAACAGCUAAGGAGGAUGCGCAGAAUGCUCUCGUUGCUGUUUCGCGGUACACGAAUAGCAACAAGUUUGGCGCAAAGAAGAAGUCGUGGGUCUGGAACUGGUUUGUUCAGGACGACCUUGAUCUCAACGUUGCCAUAUGUGACCAAUGCGGCAAGUGUAUCCGUCGUUUGGCCAGUGACAAGGGUUCCCCCAAGAAACUAAGCGAGCACCUGCGUACCCACCGGAUCGACAGGGAAACCGUGAACCCGAACCGCGAGUCGAUGAUGUCUGUUGAGGCCAAUGUUAGUGGUUCUAGUAUGGCAUACAGUCCUCAGGUUCCUCUUAGACGGAAUUUGACCCAGGGCGGAUACGCCUCUUUGCCGCGCCACAUCUUGAACGAAUUCGAGAUUGCGCCGUACACUCAGGUGAAAUUUCACAAGGAGCUCAUGAAGUUUCUGGCCGAGAACAAGCUCCCUAUCACCGUGGUGAAAUCGGCCACUUUCAGGCAAAUUGUUUUCACUCUUCGCCCAGAAUCCAUUCCAGACUUAGAUGAUCUGGACAAUAUUUAUGCCUCUUUCAUUGAGGUAUUCAAGAACGCCGGGACGAGGCCAGCCGAGGAGUGGCUAUGA